AUGGAAGAAACUACUUCAUCAACAACUCUUAUUGAUAUUUCGCGCUACUGUUCGAGCUUUGCUGAUGGUGAUUUGUGGUCAUCGUCUCAAUCAACGUGCUCUCGAUCGCCAGUGCAAAGUUUAUUUUCUCCAACACCAACUCGUUCAACAGAUUCAGAUUCACCAAUAUUACCAUCACUACCAUUACCACCUGUUGGUUGGUCACUUUCAUCUACAUUUGCUAAUAUUGAACUUGAUAAAUCAUCAUGGCCAUCAAAUCUAUCUUCUUCAUCACAACAUCAACCAUGUAAAUGUUGUCGUUGUGCAAAUAAAACAGAAAAUUGGUUUGAAAAACUACAAAAUCGAGUACAUUCUCGAUUAACCAAACAUGAAAAACAACCAAUAACACCAAUUCAACGUCCAUCACCAGCUUCAAUUAAUACUCCAUCGUCACCAUCACUAGCUAUAUUUGAUGAAGAUGAUGAUGAUGAUGGUACAUUACGUUUACAUGUAUCAAAUAUUCCAUUUACAUGGUCAAAAGAAAAAUUAGCUGAAAUUUUUGGAAAAUAUGGAACAACAUUUGAUGUUGAAGUUGUUUAUAAUGAACGUGGUUCAAAGGGUUUUGGUUUUGUUACAUUUCUUGCUAAAAAAGAUGCACUUGAAGCUAAAAAACGAAUGGAUAGAGAAAUUGUUGAUGGACGACGAUUAGUUGUUAAUUUUGCUAAACCAAAACAAAAAACACCUGGAUCAACAAAAGAACAAUCAUCGUCGGGUUCAAAUUGGAAAACAAAUACUUCAAAUAAUCGAACGCCACGUCUAGCAAAUACUCAUCAACAACCAUUAGGUUUUUCAACACCACCUACAGCUCGUCGACAACAUUUAUCAAGUUUUUCAUCACUUUCAGCAACACCAACACGAUCAACAACAACAACAAAUAAUUAUCAUCGAUAUUAUCUAUAG